GGGUCAGAGUCGCGGAUGCGGGCGUCCAUCGCGGUGUCCUCGUUCGAUCACUCCACGCCGUUUAAGAGACCGCACUCCACCAUCUCCAACAGCAGCUCGUCCUCGUCCAGCAGCCAGUCCUCGUCCUCUCUGAACCUGCACCUCCAUCCGUCUCAUCCGUCUCUGAGCCACUGGCCCUACGACUGCAUCGAGGAGGACGAGCUCGAGCACGACUCCACUGUCCAGUCCUCCACGAUGAGUGACGGCGCUGACAGCUCGUCUCAGUGCACCUCCAGUGACUGCGUGAGCAUCCAGCAUCAUCCUGCGCUAGUGAUGGAGAGCUACACCAGCGACAGAGGCUCGUAUCGGUCCACACCGUCCCCGUCUCCUCCUAACGUCACGUCCUCCGUCCUCUACCACAAAGAGCAGGAGUUCAUCACAGCGCUGUGAAUCCAUCGAGACAGAGAGACGGGAAAGCAGCGUUUGGACAGCGUUUGUUUUCGGACAGACGGAGAUCAAAUGCACUGAGACAUUUCAUCAUUUCAUAGACUGAUAAUCGUCCAGAGCCUCGCUGAUGAAUAUGAAUUCUGACUGCAGUGCAGAAUAGAAGCUCCUCAGCAGUGCUGGUACGUUACAGGACCGAGGUCACAGAUGUACAUGAUUUCAGGUGUUUUACUUUUACUUCUUUCAUUGGGAGACUUCAGAGACUUCACCACUCGACAUCUGACUCAGUAUUUCUGACUGUACAAAUAGCUGAAUGAUUUGAGUUCUGGACUACUAAUACAAUCCAGACAGGAUUGCAUUUUUAUUAAGGAUUGAGUC